GAGUGGCACCUACCGGAUCGAUGCCUUCGUCAGUUUGGUCGGGAGCAGUGCAUUCCGUUGGAAGUCCCCGAGAGUCAAAGGGCGUUUCACCACCGAGAUGGUCGGCAAGGUACUCACGAUUGGCCCAAGAAGUUGGCGGAAUUGAUCGCGGUAUGGGAGAACCGACAACUUCAGGAUAUUGUCACUCCAAAAAGUAUGGGUCGAAUGGGGUAUCAUGACCCUUACAUGGAUAAAUAUCGGCAAACAUCGGUUCGGUACGUGACUCCGGAGGUUGCGGCCGAUGGUGCAAUGGCUGAUGGGAUCGAGCGGAUCAAAGCGUUGACCCAUGGGAAACAUGAAAUGGGACAUGAAGAUGUGAGCUUCAUUCGGAGGAUGACAAACAGUCUGUUUGGCUGUAUCAGAGCACAGGGUCGUGAUCAUCGUAGAUACCCACCCAUGCCCGCACCGGUGCCACCUCCGGUACAAGUCGAUGUCCCCCAUUCCCCACCACCAUACGACAUAAAGAAAAGCAAGAAGGUUCGGGAAAGACCUCAUGAGCCCGAGAUAAAGCCG